AUGACGAUCGGAGGCCAGGUGCAGUACUGUGGCCUCAUGACGCUGUGCACACCCGUCUGGGUGGGUAUGGCCGCCAAGCUGGCUGGGCGCAUGCUGGCCAACCCCGUGCGCUACUUCCGCAAGGUCGACCGCAGCAAUCUUAAAUUUGCCGACCCCAUCCCAGACAUGAAGCACAUUUACGUUGAAAAUGCUGGAGUCAGGCUGCAUGCCGCCACCCACGGCCUGGGCAGCGGCAAGCCUCUCAUGCUCUUCCUGCACGGCUUCCCCGAGACCUGGGCCACCUGGAGGCACCAGCUCAAGGAGUUUGCUGGGCAGUACGAGCUGGUGGCCAUGGACCUGCGGGGCUACGGCGGCAGCGACGCGCCCAAGGCGGCCCGCCUGAUGCCACAGCAGCGAGAGGCGGGAGCAGGGGUGAGGAGCUACACCGUGGACAAGGUGUGCUCCGACGUGGCGGCAGUCAUCGCCGCCACCGGCAAUUCCAAGGCCAUUGUGGUGCGGCUGCUGCUGGUGGGGCAGGACUGGGGCGGCGGCAUCGCCUGGCUGAUGAGCAUUUACUACCCGCAGCUGGUGGCGAAGCUGGUGGUGAUCACCUGCCCUCACCCCGCCGCAUACAAGGACCCCGAGCGGUUUGAUGGGGAGAUGGUCAGCAGGCAGUGGUACACGCUGCUGUUCCAGUCGCGGCUGGGAGAGGCGUACCUGCGGCACGGAGACUUCCGUGAGAUCCGGCGGUGGAUGACGCAGGCGCCUCACGGCGCCCUCACGCCUGGUGCCAUCACAGAGAAGGAGUUGGAGCGGUACAAGGCCGCCUUCUCCCGCCCUGGCUCCCUCACCGCCGCCAUCAACUACUACCGCGCCUCCUUUGCCUCCACCACCAAGUGGUGGACCGCCGAGGUGGACAAGGCCUACUACACCUUCAUCUCCGCCCCCACCCUGCUCCUGUACGCCGACAAGGACUCGGUGUUCCUGCCCAAGAUGUACUCGAAGACUGAGGAACUGGUGGACCACCUGACCACCGUCUGCCUGGACAACUGCUCCCACUGGGCUAACCAGGACAGGCCCGACCUGGUCAACCAGAACAUCGCCGCCUUCCUGGCCGGCAAGCUGGAGGCGGGCAACCACAAGGGCCGCCGCCCGAAGGGCAGCAUGGUGAUGGUCAAGGCGGGGGUGCCUGCCUCGGGCACCGCCACGCCCGCCGCCGCCGGCGCUGGCGGCUGGGGCAGCCUCGCCCAGGUGCCCAAGCAGGACUGA